AUGCCACAGAGAUGGUCUCGGAGUCGCCCGCGACCUGGAAAACCAAUGAAGCGCCGCCCGCAAAGACAAAAAAGACAACAGGCGGCCAAGGGCGACGAGCAGACUUUGGAGGCGCCUUGUUGGGCAGAGGGCCUUCUUGAGACUGAACAAAAUUGGCUUGCAAGAGUAGAGAUCCCUAAACGAAGGGUUUGUGGUUUGCGCUCUUCUGAAUGCAAGUCUCGCGUCCGCAUUCUGGCAUACAACAAGCCUAUGCAACGUCAGGAACUCCGUGUGGCCGCCAAGGAGAGUGUGCAGCAGACGGUGUUUUUGUUCAGCUUCUGGCCUUGCUUCGGGCUCCGUGCGCUUCUCUUCCGCACUUGCCCAGCUCGGAGCCACCUGCCAGGACACGUUGUUGGCGGCCUGUGCAGAUGGGAGUUUGGAGGCAGCCCUGAAGCCGAAGAAAGAGGCGCCUCUAUGGAAGCCCUUCUUUGCUGA